AUGUCUGAAAGUAAUACCCCCAAGAGAAGAGUCUUGGGUUCUAAUGUUCCUAGUGGGGCUACUCCGAAUGAAGAAGUACCUUCGAACCACGAAAAUGUGUUGCUUUGUCCCAUAUGCUCUGAGUCUAUGGUAUCUCUAAGCCAAUUAAACCGUCAUAUAGAUGAUAUUCACUCAGGGAGUGAUCUGGGAGUACUAUCCUCGUCAUCUUCUCCUGCACCACCGGCAUCGGGCUCACCUGUGUCGCCAACGCCUCCGCUCCAAAAGGCACCGAUGAACCGAGAAUUCUUGAACGGCAGUGUAUCAAGAUGGCUCAAGAACAAUUUUGAGAACGUUGUAGAAACAUCGCCUCUAACACUGCCCCAAAAAAGAAAAACAGUCAAGCUAGAUCUCUUGGAUAAGAACAAGGGUUUCAGCUUGAGUGAAUCUUUAACGUCUCCACUGACUUUGAAUGUGUUCAACGAUUCCGAUGGUACUAAAGAAAAGGAUAUCUCGAAAUCACCUGGUAAGCCCCCAACAGCGUCAGCUUCACGAAAUAAUGUCAAUAGAUUAUCUAGGUCACAUUGGCAGCAACCGUCAUCGGUCAGUACGGACUAUUGUGCUGAUCAGACCUGUCACAGAGUGCUAAAUAUAAAAAAUGGUAAAGUCAACUGCAGAAAAUGUGGAUUACUAUACUGCAAUGAGCAUACAUACUACAAAGCAAGAUUAAAGAAUAAUGACACAAUACCAAAGAAACCCGAGAUACUUUACGAGCCAAGCAAGGAGGGCACUUGGGCCAGAGUAUGUAGAUCAUGCUAUGAAGGAAAACCAGAGGACAAUGAGCCUUUGACAAAUGAUUUGACGUCAAGUUUCAAGAAGCAGAGACAAAUUCACAACGAUCAAAAAGAGUUGCAUCGAAAUAAAGUAACCAAGAGAUUUAUCAAAUUAGUUAACUUGCAUCUGGAUUAUUACUUAUCAACAAAGACGAAUCCAGAUUUUUGGUUUUCAUCUUCAAGCUGGACUGUUUCUCGUGUCUUGGAUGAGGAGAAGCAGAUAGUAGGUUUAGAAAACUGGCAGCAUGAUUCUCAAGUUCAGGCAUGUCCCUUGUGCUUUUCAAAUUUCAACUUUUUCACCAGGAGACAUCACUGUAGAGUAUGUGGGAGAAUAGUUUGUGACGGUUCUCUCAACGAUAAACAAAUUAUAUGUUCAAUGGAUGUACCCUUGAAUCUAUUUUUGAACAAUAAGCUAGCUCAUUUGAACUUUUCACCUUUGGUUGUGCAGAAUAUGAAAGAAUUGAAAGAAAUACCGGAUGAUAAUGAAAAAUUUAGAAUUAGGUGCUGCAAUGAUUGUAAAGAUGACUUGUUGCAUGACUGGAAACUGAGUAAUGACUCUAAUAGGGAUGUAUACUCCAGCUCUUCAGAGAUAUUCAAAUUAUAUGAUCAGCUAUUCUUGAUAAAGAAGAACAUUCAUGGGUUGUACCCAAAGUACGAAAAAUUAAUUCACAGCUAUCAAGUCUCUGGAGAUUUAGAUGAGAUCAAUAAGCUAAGAAUCAAAUUGAUGUCUUUCUUGAGGGACUUCGAAUCUUUAAUUGCAUUAUUCAAGAAAUCAUUUUUUGUACUCACGAAGCAAAACGUGUUGAAACCGUCAGAUGAUCUUAGCCUGGACAUACAGAAACUUGUAAACAACAUUCACCAAAGUACCACAACUUACUUACAAGAGACAUUAAUCAAUAUUAAGCAGUUGAGUAAUGUACUAAAGGAAAAGGAAAAGAAUGAAUUGAAAGCACACCAGCAGUACGUGGCAGACGCUGCUGUCAAAAAUAUUGAAUCGAAUAAUGUUGGUGGGAGUGAAGAAGACAGCAUUCAAUCUCCCUUAUCACCCUCGUCGUUGUCUCCAAAGCCACUUCCUUCUCAGAUUCUCGAGCCUGAUUUGACUAAAAGACAAAUCCGUGAACUUCGUGAAGAACUAAUGGUCAUGAGUGAACAGAAGUUUAUUAUACAAGGCUUAAUUGAGAAGGUGACUAAGCUGAGGAAAUUCGAUGAGCUUGCGCCACUAGAAGAGAAUAAGACCGAGUUGGAUAGGAACAUCCAGGAUUUGGAGAGAAAGUUGGGAGAGUUUGGAUUCUAA